AUGCUCUGCCGCCCCUCCCUCACAACCUUCCCAGGCUGGAUCCAAACCCUGCCGAUCGAUAUCCUCCCGCCAUUCACUAUCCUCACCAAGGGGAUUCAGCAGGAGGCAGUGGGGAAGUUCAUAGCAAAGCCAGUGACCCUGUUUGCAUUCCCGAAUGGCGCAACCCCGGGAUGUGGCUUGGAGUUGGCAUUCAGUGUCAACUUCACCUUCGCUCUCAUGCCCCAGUCUGGCUCUACUGGACCCAGCAGCUUUGCUUUUGUGAUCGCAGCAAAGGCCAAGGCAGGGACCGCGGCCCGAGUGGGGUACGGAGGAGUGGGGAAUGGAAGCAUAGCUGUGGUUUUUAACAUGGAUGGAAGCAACCAGAAUGUGGGCCUGAAUACCAAUGGGGGGCAGGAGCCUAUAUUGUCGGAACCAUCGCCAUUCACACUCACCGAUGGCUAUGCAUAUAAGGUGUGGGUGGACUAUGAGCCUGGGGAUCCCGGCACGGAGGGGCGUAUACGUGUGUUUCUGGCUGGUGCUGAUGCAAAGCCAGAGCAGCCGCUGCAGCAGGAGAGACUGUCGCUGUGUGCGGUGCUCCAGGGUGGGGUGCAGCAGCAGGCGUUCUCGUUUGGGUUCGUGGCGUCCACUGCUGUGAAGCCCUUCCAGCUGCUUGGCAUUCUCUUCUCCUCUGUGCAGACAGGCUUUAGGUCAACCAACCCCAAGCCACUUCCGGUCCGGGAUCAAGCCCUCGGCCUCUCAAUAUCAGAAGCCACAUUUGCACCGUCUCGUGCGAGCCCGUUUCCGCGCUACGUGAGCUCGGACUUGGAGUUUACCAACACGAAAGCUGACUCGUGGAGAAUCAGUGACUUGACCACGUGGGACUCUGUGGACUUCCUCAAGUGGCCUGUCAAGAACCAGCAGGACUGCAAUGCUUGCUGGGCAUACGCGGUGGUGGCAAGUGUGGAAGCAGCAUACGGCAUUGCAAAGUGGGCCACAGCGCCCCAGCUAUCAGUGGGCUCUCUCUUCGCCCUCAUGGGGCUCUCCGACUCCGACAAGUGCUCUGCUGGCGGCUCCCCCACGGAGGCCUUUGAGACGCUCACAGCUCUCGAUGCCUCCAGUGGGCUCACAGGGGCCAGCGACCCGGCAACAACGUACCCAGUGCAGGCGUUUGAGCGAGCGCAGUUCAAGGGGUAUGUGGGGCUCAUGCUGGCAGUGCAGCGGCAGCCAGUGGUGGUUCACAUCGAGGCGUCUGCUCGAACGUUUGUGAUGUACGAUGCGGUAAGUAUGUGA